AGGCGUUGAUGUGUAAUGUAGCAGAGGUUUGCAGUAGCUAGCUGGCUAGGGGGGCAGCUGAAGUAGGAGGCCCGUCAUGACGUCAACCGGCCCGCACCCUGGGAGGCGUGCCAGGCGGGGUGGUGGGUCGGUAACGGUUGUCAACCGUGACUGUAGAAUGGAUGGUAGGGUGUACUACUUCAACCACAUCACCAACGCCAGCCAAUGGGAGCGUCCGGGUGCGGGGGAGGGGGGCGGGGACCCAGACAAGGUGCGCUGCUCUCACCUGCUGGUCAAGCACAACCAAUCACGUCGCCCGUCCUCCUGGAGGGAGGAGAACAUCACCAGGACCAAGGACGAGGCGCUGGAGCUCAUUCAGAAGUACAUUGAGCAGAUCAGGUCAGGAGAGGAGGAGUUUGAGUCUCUGGCGUCUCAGUUCUCUGACUGCAGCUCUGCCAGGAACGGAGGAGACCUGGGGCUGUUUGGACACGGCCAGAUGCAGAGGGCAUUUGAGGAGGCCUCGUUCGCUCUGAAGGUGGGAGAUAUGAGCGGUCCUGUCUUCACUGACUCAGGAGUCCACAUCAUCCUCCGCACUGGUUGAGCCUGUUGCCAUGAUGAAGCCACACCCCCUGGCCCUGCCCUCCAGAACUCUGGCCCCGCCCACCCCAGACACACCCCUCUGGGCCCUGCCCCUUCCCCUCUUUGCCCCGCCCUCUAUCUUCAUACAAGGUUCUUAAACCCCUCCUUCAUUUAACCCUCAUCCCUCCUUCCCUCACUCACUCCCUCUCUCCAUCAUUCCGCCCUCUUGACUUAAACAUUCUACACCUUUUACCAGAUUACCACCCUGGAGACUGUGUGUGUGUGUGUGUGUGUGUGUGUGUGUGUGUGUGUGUGUGUGUGUGUGUGUGUGUGUGUGUGUGUGUGUGUGUGUGUGUGUGUGUGUGUGUGUGUGUGUGUGUGUGUGUGUGUGUGUGUGAGAU